UCCAUUUCUUUCACAAUUUUUUUCUAGAUUUUCCCAAUAUCAAUUGAACAUCUAUCUUUUUAAAAAUAUUUAAAUCUCAUUUACAAAGAUUUUCAUGUGUCUUAAAGUUAUAAUCUUUUUGUUGAAAUUUGAUCAUCUAGCUAUUGGGUUUCUUAAAGUUUGAAUCUUAUAAACAAUGUGGGUUGAUUCAUAUUGUUAAGGAGGAAAAGGAAGGAAAAUAAAAGAUAAAGAUUGUAACUUUGUCUUUUGAAUUGGGAGAAAUUCAUCAAUGGAAAAUGGGUAUUAUUUGAUGAGGAAAAAAGGGGGAUAAAGGAAAUAUAGUUAAUAUUAGGUUAAAAAAAGGGAGGAAGAGAGAAUGAACAAGGAUUUUGGUGGUAUUUUCAAGUUCAAGGUACGGAAAUCAAGCGCAUUAGCAUCAAAAAAGAGGACAAAAUCAAAUAGUAUAUUUACAUCAAUGUCUGUUGCCCAUGUGGACGACGAGGACCUGGCCGGACCCGGGCCUGGGCCCGGGUCUGGAGAGUUGUAUCAUUCAGAGAAGGUGUUUAGCAAUGGAGAUUUCUAUACAGGUCAAUGGGUUGAUAAUCUUCCCAAUGGUCAUGGUAAGUAUUUAUGGAAUGAUGGUUGUAUGUAUGUGGGUGAAUGGAAAAAGGGUAAAACCACAGGUAAGGGUAGAUUUAUAUGGCCUUCAGGAGCAAAUUAUGAAGGGGAAUUUAAGAAAGGGUAUAUGGAUGGUAAAGGAACAUUUGUUAGUUCAUAUGGGGAUACUUAUAGAGGGUAUUGGUCAAUGAACUUGAAACAUGGGAAAGGGAAUGAAACCUAUACAAAUGGGGAUUAUUAUGAAGGGGAAUGGAUUAAAGGAAAGCAAGAAGGUGAUGGAAGAUAUCAAUGGGUUAAUGGGAAUUGUUAUUGUGGUCAAUGGAAAGAUGGAACAUUUCAUGGAAUUGGGGUUUUAACUUUUGGGAAUGGGAAUGAAUUUGAAGGGAUUUGGGAGGAUGGAUACCCUGAAGGGGAAGGUACAUAUAAAUGGGUGGAUGGAAGUAGUUAUGUUGGUUUUUGGAGUAUAGAACCUAAUAAUCAAAAUGUUACUUUUUAUGGUGCAGCAGGAACUUCUGAUGAUUCUAAUGAUAAUACUGAUUGGGACCCUUUAGAGUUUUACAAUGUUGAUUUGAGUGGUUGUAAGGUUUAUAUACCUGAGGUGAUUACCAUUUUUCCAUCAGAAAAGAUGUUAAAUUGGCCUAGUUUCAAUGGUAAUGGAAGGCGGUCGAUUGAUGGAAGAGGCUCAAAAGUAGAUAAUAUUGAAGGAAACUCUUGGGUUAAUGAUCAAGAUGCUACGAAUGGGAAUUCGUUGUCUCGAAACUUUCAACCUAUGUUGCUCCCAAAGACGAUCAAGAGGCAAGGGGAGACUAUAUGUAAGGGGCAUAAAAACUAUGAGUUGAUGCUCAACUUGCAGCUAGGAAUAAGACAUUCAGUGGGAAGACCCGGGCCACCAGUAAAGCCUAACCUGAAAUCUUCGGCGUUCGAUCCAAAGGAAAAAGUAUGGACAAAAUUCCCACCUGACGGAUCCAAGCACACUCCUCCUCACCCAUCUUGUGAGUUCAAAUGGAAGGAUUACUGUCCUUUGGUUUUCAGGACUUUGAGAACAUUGUUCAAAGUGGAUGCAGCUGAUUAUAUGAUAUCAAUUUGUGGCAAUGAUGCCCUUCGAGAACUUUCAUCCCCUGGGAAAAGUGGAAGCUUCUUUUACUUAACUCAUGAUGACAGGUAUAUGAUUAAGACGAUGAAAAAGUCCGAAGUAAAGGUUCUUCUUAGGAUGCUUCCUGCGUAUUAUAAUCAUGUUCGUACCUUCGAAGACACAUUAGUCACAAGGUUCUUUGGUCUUCAUUGUGUGAAAUUGACAGGAGCUGCACAGAAAAAAGUACGAUUUGUCAUAAUGGGAAAUCUUUUCUGUACCGAGUGUGCAAUUCACAGGCGUUUUGAUUUAAAGGGUUCUUGGCAUGGGCGUACAACAGAUAAACCCGAGUCAGAAAUUGACCCAACGACCACCCUUAAAGACCUAGAUCUUAAUUACUUGUUCCGACUACAGAGGUUUUGGUUCCAAGAGUUCUGCAGGCAAGUAGACAGGGACUGUGACUUCCUCGAACAGGAGAGGAUUAUGGACUAUAGUCUUUUAGUCGGCUUACACUUCCAAGAUUCGGGUGCAGGACCAGCAGACGGAAUCGGAGACAGAAAUAGUGAUGUUAUAGCUCCCCGCCUUUCAAAAGUAAACGAAACAGAUAGACUUGUUUUUGAUCCUAACCAGUGGGCAUCGAUUAGAUUAGGAAUUAACAUGCCUGCACGAGCAGAACUAACAGUACGAAGAUCAGAUGGUGGUGAGGGUUCAGUAAUAGUACCAACAGGCGAUUGUUACAAUGUUAUCAUCUUCUUCGGAAUAAUUGACAUCCUACAAGACUACGAUAUCAGUAAAAAGUUAGAGCAUGCGUACAAGUCUUUCCAAUAUGACGCUACUUCUAUAUCUGCUGUUGAUCCUAAGCAAUACUCCAAACGUUUUCGAGAUUUUAUUUACAAGGUAUUUGCGGAAGAUGGGUAAUCAAGGGAAGAAAACAUUGUUAUACAAAGAUAAGAAAACUCGAGCUUUCAGUUGAAUUGAUCAUUUUAAAGACGGAAUUUUUUAGCAGCAUGACUGGGCGUGCGGUUUCGGGCCAUCAGACCCGGCAGCAUUCGGCAAUGACAAUCCCUACAACUAGUUCUUAACUUCAUCAUGUGUUCCUCUAAUUUAUAAGGACUAAUUCAAGGGACAUAUUUUAGUGAAAAAAUGGGUAUAGAUUAACAACAAAAAGGACUAAAGAAAGUAUGAGAGACUUUUUAAGCUGUAAAUUGCAGCUCCUAGUUUUAAGUCAAAGGAUAAUGUUGAUUCUUGUUGUACCUCAAAAACUUAAUUAAAAAGUCUUUUAUGUUUUAGGUCCUUGAAAAUGGAGGGACAUGGGUC